AUGGCCCCGACUCUUUCCAUAGCCUCCACACCAACUCAGGCAAGACGUUCGGCCGAGUUGGUGAUUCGCUCUCAUGCCAGUCUUCACUUGGACCUGGACGUUGACAGUUUGAACACAGAGGGGAUCGGAUCCAGGUACUCGGGUCGUCAUGGCACAUUACCAAGCCCACCAUUUAUUGCACAGACGGAGGUACAGCCGAGGCACCUCCCAGAAUGGAAUAAUCUGACAGUCAUCCACCGGAAUACGCUACCACCUAGAAGUCAUUUCUUCGUCUACGAUUCAGAAGACAAUGCAUUGAAAGCCAAUCCAGCCAACGCGAGAAGUGUACUUCUAUCGGGUCUAUGGGGCUUCCAUUUUGCUAGUAGCCCUUUCCGUGGCCCUACCAACUUCUAUGAGCCUGGUUUCGAUAAUGCUGAAUGGCCCCUUGUCAAAGUCCCCGGCAUGUGGCAAUGCCAGGGAUUUGGGAAAGGUCCUCAGUACACAAACGUGAACUACCCAUUUCCAGUAAAUCCUCCGAAUGUUCCCUACGACGACAAUGAGUGUGGUCGAUAUGUAAACAAAUUCGCUGUACCUGAUCACCUCAAAGACGGAGCUCAGUGGCGAUUGAGGUUUGAGGGUGUCGAUGCUGCCUUCACUGUCUGGUUGAACGGGGAGAAUGUCGGCUAUUCUCAAGGUUCAAGGAAUCCAAGCGAGUUUGAUGUGACGAAAUACCUCGACCUUGACUCGGAGGAGAACUACCUUGCUGUUGAAGUCUAUCAAAGGUGUGACGGUAGUUAUAUUGAGGAUCAAGACCAAUGGUGGCUCAGUGGCAUCUUUAGAGAUGUGUGGCUUCACUCGUUCCCAUCUACCCGGAUCGAAGAUUUUCACAUUCAACCCUUGCUCGAUGAUAAAUGUCAACAUGCGUCGCUAAUCGUCGACGUUGAUCUUAAUCGGGCAGAUAUUGACAUCAGAGCAAAGCUGAUAGAUGAAGAAGGGAAUGUGAUCUUUGACGAAUUGUCCAAAUCGAAUUCCAGAUCUGUCAAAUUCAAACGACAGAUUGAGUCGCCACACAAGUGGACUGCUGAGACACCCUACCUAUACACCCUCACUCUUUCAGCGGGCGGCUUUCAUGUAUCCCACAAAGUUGGCUUCCGUAGAGCCGAGCUCAUUGACGGUGUGUUCUGUGUUAAUGGAAGUCCCGUGAAGCUACGUGGAGUGAACCGGCACGAGCAUCAUCCUGAUUCGGGAAGAGCCGUUCCUUACAGCUUUCUCAAAGAAGAUCUUCUUCAGAUGAAGUUUUUCAACAUCAAUGCCGUACGAACCUCACAUUAUAUCAACGACACCCGGCUGUAUGAUAUAGCAAAUGAAAUCGGACUUUGGGUUUUAGACGAGGCAGACCUUGAAUGCCACGGGUUUGGCGAAGUGGGAGCGGAUCCGGCGAGCUUCGCUUCUGACAACCCUGACUGGGAAGAAGCCUACGUAGAUCGAGCCAGGCAGAUGGUCAUGAGGGACAAGAACCAUCCAUGCAUCGUCCUGUGGUCAUUAGGCAAUGAAUCCUUUUAUGGCAGGAAUCACCAAGCCAUGUAUGACGAGAUCAAGCGGAUUGACCCAACUCGAUUAAUACACUAUGAGGGGGACCAGGAUGCUAAAACAGCAGACAUCUUCAGUCGUAUGUACACAUCCGUGGAUGACAUGGUAAAAUACGCUCAAGAAGAUGACUGGAAGAAGCCUUUCGUUAUGUGCGAGUUCGCUCAUGCAAUGGGUAACGGACCUGGUGCUGUCAAGGAGUACAUCGAAGCAUUCUACAAAUAUCCUCGGCUGAUGGGAGGGUUCGUAUGGGAGUGGGCUAAUCAUGGCCUAAAAGCCAAGACUGAAGAUGGUCAAGAGUACAUGGCCUAUGGUGGAGACUUUGGCGAUGAUCCAAAUGACUACAACUUCGUUAUGGAUGGGCUUUGUUUCGCAAGCCAUGGCCCUGGCCCAGGAUUAUGGGAGUAUGGAAAAGCCAUAGAACCUGUCCAAGUCCUCGGGCAUCGCAACUUUGAAGUUGAGAUCAUUAACCGUCACGACUUCCUGACGCUGGAUGACAUUGAUUGCUUUGCUGGGGUUGUUAUGGACAGAGAAGAAAUUUCGGGCCGCAGAGUAACGAUCCCAAAAGGGAUCAAGCCCCAUACGAAAGCCAAGAUUGUAAUUCCAGACUUACCGCGGGCUUAUGCUGGAGAAGCAUGGCUUCAACUCGACUUUGUUUUGGCAAAACGGACGAAAUGGGCAUGGCCAGGCCACAUCAUCGGCACCAGUCAAAUAUCCCUUAGCCAGCCCAAUUCUAUUGCGCUUCUAAAGACACUCACAGAUCCAGCCUUGCCAGGAAUGAAACGAAACGAUGAGUCGAUUCAUGUCAGACUCACGAACGGCACCAUUUUCGGUUUCAGCACCGUAGACGGUAACCUGUUUUCACUGUCACAUCUCCGCCGCCCGGACCACAAUCUUAUCACGGAACCAAUCACACUCGACUUCUACCGAGCAUUGACGGAUAACGACCGACCUGGCCACGGCGUGGAAUGGGUCGAACGCCGCCUUCAUCAAACGCGCAAUCACUACAGCAAAGUGACCACGGAAGAAAGCAACGGGGUUCUCAAAAUCAUAGUAGAGGGUCGGGUAGCUCCGCCCGUUCUCGCCUGGAGUGUCAAAACUGUGACCACGUACACUGUUACGGCUGAGUACUGUAGCGUGCACAUCAAAGCUAAACCGCAAGGUCUUCUGCUUCCGAGCACCUUCGCCCGUUUUGGUCUUACCCUAGGUCUAAAAGACUUGAGAAUAGUAGAAUGGUUUGGUCGCGGACCAGGCGAAUCGUAUCGCGAUAAGAAGUGGUCACAACACAUGAACACUCAUGGAGCUACUGUCGAUGGUAUGUUCACGAACUAUGAAUUCCCACAGGACUGCGGCAACCGGACGGAUGUACGCUGGGUUGAGUUCCGUCAGGACUGGGGCGCAGGUGAGCACGGAAGAUUGUUGAGGGCGCGCUUUGGAGAUCAUGAUGGGGCGAGCUUUAGUGCCAUGCACUACACGGCCAAAGACCUUGACGAGGCUAAACAUCCCCACGAGCUCAAGAAGAAGAAGAGAGAAGAUACCAUUGUUAAGUUGGAUUGGUAUCAUCACGGCUUGGGUACAGGGAGCUGUGGACCGGCCACCCUACCGCAGUACCAGUUGAAGACCGAUCAAGAUUUUGACGUCGAGUUGUUACUGGACUAA